AUGCAAACUUCUAUUGAUUUGCCUUCUCCAUUGGGGAUUGUUCAAACCUCUUCGAUAACAAGUACUGGGAAAAUAUUAGGUCCAGAUUACGAAAACAAUUUAAAGAGAGCAGCAAAAAGAAGUGAAGAAGAUAAACUAUUUAGGAAGUAAAAUUAAAUGAAUGAUGCUGAUGAAUUUGAAGCUAUGGAGGUUUAAAAUGGUGAUCAAACAUCCCUAAUAUAUUAUUACAAAGCUUUGAAAUUGGAUGAAGAAAUAUAACAAAACCAAAAUGAGAUCAUCAACAUUGUGCAGAAUAGGCCAAGGUUAGGAAUGAUAGAGGGGAAUUUAAUGAAGAAAAGUCCCCAUUGGUUUUAGGGCUAUUCAUAGAGAAACUGUAUAUUAAGAAAUAGAGUAUUUAGAUAUUAUAAUGUUGAAAAUAAGAAACUCUAAGGAGUUUUAAAUUUUGAUGUUUAGUCAUUUCAAUUAUAAGAAAUAUAAGAUAAAAAUGGAAAUACUUUGGAAUUUAUGUACAAAUAUCUCUAAUAUUCUAGUUUAAAACCAGUGGGUUAAACUUAAAAGGUAUUCCAGUUCAAGGGGGGAACUAUAGAACAAACGAAAACGUGGGUUUAAUUAAUAAAAUAACAUCUAUAAGAUUCUGUAGGUGCAUUGAAGGUUUUGAAGUCACUUAGUCAAUAUGAACGUUUUUGGAGAGUAAUGAUUAUUUUGAUAUUAGUUUGAACGCAUAUCAUCAUUAUAGAUAAUGGAAGAUGCUGAUGAUGGAGACAUUUUGUUGUUUUAAGGGAAAGACAUCAAUUGCCACAUUCAAAGAUCGUUGACACAGUCUAAUUUUGAUCAUAUUGGAAUUUUGAUACGUUUGAAUGAAAACUAAUUGUAUUUGUUUGAAGCAUUGCCCUUACAUGGAGUAGGACUAUGUCGUUGGAGUAAGUUUGUUAUGUGUAAAUGGAAUUAUCUUUACCAUAAGUAAAUUGCAUCAUAUACAUAUAUAGAAUUAUAUAUAGAAAAUUAUAGGUCAAUAGAGACGAGAACUUUAGAUCCAGAAUACAUGAAUUUGUCACUGAGAACAUUGGUAAAUAAUAUUCGUUUAAUCCAACCAAACUAUUCAAAUUUAAGUCUACAAUGCUUUAAGAUCAAUAACAAUAAUAAACUAGAACAUUUUUCUCCUCUGAACUUGUCGCUGCUUGCUAUAAGUUUGUAAAUCUUUUGUCAAAAGAGGUGUCAUCCACAUAAUAUUGGCCAGGUUCCUUUUCAUAAGAAAAUCAGAAGUUAUCACUUCAGUAGGGCAGUUUAAGCGAAGAAUAUAUAAUAGAUUUUGAGGGUGAAUGA